UACAGGUUCCGUGACUGUGACGUCAGGCCUGGGCGAUGACACCGUGAAUCACAGCGGCGUUCUCCGCAAUGUUGUUCCGACAAAGGGCGAGACUUUGGUUCAGUUAUGUUUCCAGGCUUUGACCAAUGUGAUGGACAGCGACAGACUGAGUCCUGAGAGAGAGACACCGCCUCACUGGAAAAGCUGCAAGUUAAUGAUCGACCCUGCUUUGACCAAAGGACUCUACAAAGUCUACCGUUAUGAUGGACAUGCGUUUAACAUCCCUGUGCAGGACUUAGGUCUUUUUCCCGUGGACUGUGUCAGAGAUCCACGCAUCAGCCGCCUGUGGAGCAAGAGCAGCAAGACCGAGCUGUCAGUGCCGAAAUUCAAGGUGGACGAGUGGUACGUCGGUCCCGUUCUCCCCAAGGAAGUGACCUUUUCCAGGUUGAAUGACAACGUGAAGGAGCCCUUCCUGACGAACAUGUGCAGCAAGUAUGGGAACACGGAGGAGGUGGAGAUAUUCUACAACCCCAAAAACAGGAAGCAUCUAGGGCUCGCGAAGGUCGUGUUCGACAGCGUGCGUGCGGCGAGGGACGCCGCCCAGCAGCUGCAUCAGACGUCAGUGAUGGGCAACAUCAUCCACGUGGAAAUCGACCCUAAAGGGGAAAACAGGGCUCGGUAUCUGCAGCUCCUCCUCCGCGGUCUCUACACGCCGUGGACGUUGCCCGUCGGCAGCAGCGAGCAGGAUCUGCAGAGCUUGGUCGACAGUUUGCCUGGCGGCAAAGCCACCCAGCAGCAGGGGAGUGUCUGCAGCCCCACCAGCAUUGCCACGCCCCUCUCUAUGGACACGGCGUACUCCAGUAUUUGGCAAGAUACACCUUGCAGCUUCAGGCUCACGCCGCGUUCUCAGGGAACGCCCCUCACGCCGUGCCUGUCCGCGACUCCUCUUUCCCAGGACUCCUGCUACUCCAGCCUUCAGGCGACUCCGGUCCUCCAGGGGGAGCCGUCCAACUUCACCGUCCACAAACACUUGAGACCAGAGCUCUGCCGUCACAAGCGCUCCAGGUACGAGCACAGAGCCGCCGGCAAAGUCUCCGACACCAAGUUCCUCCUGAAGCACUGCCCGGCGUACGUCCUCUCCUCGCAGGCGCACGCGAGCGGUCAGCAGGCGGCGCUGUGGGGCCCCGGCGCUCCGUCCUCCACUGACAACAACACAGAACCAACCUUUGACUGUCAGGACUCCAGAGACAGCAUCGCGGCUCCGUCUGACGCCGUCCCGAGCUUUGAUUUUACAGCCGAGCAGCAGCAGACUCCUGAAGACCGCGUCUUCUGUCCGUCUGUCAUCAACCGUUCGUCCAGCAGUCGGCCGGAGGUCGAGAGUCUCGACUCCCGCAUUGAAAACCUGCUGAUAAACAGCAGCCGGAGCGCCGAGCUCUCAGACGGCGAGGUUCUCUCGCAGCCGACGUCGCCCUGCUCGGCUCAGAACUCCCCAUUCUCGGACGACUCCCUCGCGUGCUCGCCUACGUCUUGUGUACCCCCGACGUCCGACCGCGUCCACGUCCGUCUCACGCCCAGUGAUGACGAAGAGGACGAGACAAGUCGAGCCGUUUCAUUCCUGACGAGGAACUCCCAGUCUCCCACUGACUUCAACACAGAUGAUGCAAAAGGGUUCCAGUCGUCAUCUCAUCCACAGGAGAAUCAUGCCACAGCUGAGGUUGAGGGACAUUUGGGUAAGAGGCCGACGCCAUCGAGGGACAACUCCUCUCUCUCUCACCUCGGCCCCAGACUUCCUCGAGCAGUUACAGCGGGAAACUCUCACCCACCUGUUCCAUCUUUCCCUUUCCCCAUUCCUCCCUUUCCUCCGUCACUCCCCCCCGUCCCCCCUCGCCUGCCAAAUGGUUCCAUCCCCAUCCCGCCUCCAGGCUGGAUCCGCCCCCCUGCGUAUCUGACAGGAAUCCCCAUUCCUCCUCCAUCGAAUCCUCCUCCGCCGCCAGCGUUUUUGGGACCGCCUCCACCUUUGAUGGUCCCGCCCUCUGUUCCGCCUCCUGUGCCCACAUACCACUUCUCUAUGUCACGCCCUCCACCGCCCUGGCCCGCUCCUCCUUUCCCCAGGUUUAACCCGUUUGUACCUCCACCACCACGACCACCACCGCCGCCGCCGCCUCUGCACGACCCUCACAAGGUCACGGUGGAAAAAGUCCUCGAGGUCGUCACGGACGAGUUGAAGUCCAUCAUUAAGAAGGACAUCGUGCGGCGGAUGAUUGAAGGCGUGUCUUUCAGGGUGUUUGAGGAGUGGUGGGACGGCCAGGAGAAGAAACAGCAGAUGCAAGUUCCUCCGGUGAAGAACGGCGUUCUGGAGCAGACGCACAAACAAAUCCACCUCCUCGGUCACAUGAGCAAAAAACCUCCUUUGCCGUCGUUCAAGGUGAAAAGGAAAACGGCGAGUGACCCUGCGUCGUUGAAAGACACAGACGGCGCGCUGUCCUCGUCCGAUGUGAAGCAGGCGGAGGACACGGCGCAGCCUGCACCUGAGGGGCCUAAACGCAGACAUGCCAGACCGCACGUGCUCGACAGUGACGACGACGGCGAAGGGGGAGGAGCGGACGAUUCGGGGCGAGGGGAAGUGACGACACCGGGCAAAGUGGACGCUGUUGUGCCAGACAGCUGUGCUUCUCCAAACCUGUCUCACAGAGAUGAUGGCGAGGAUGAUGACGACGAAGAUGACAGUAUUCAAACCCAAAUUGAGAAUGAAGUGGCACAGAAGCCCAGAGAGGGCGACGCGGCCGUCGCCUCCCACGUCCCUGACGGAUCACGCGGCGGCGCGUUGGAGUCUGUGUCAGAGUGCAGCUCCUCGGGGGAAAGUGAGCACUCCUCAGACGUCCGCUCCUCCGACUCCUUCUCCUCAGACAGCUUCGAGGACUCGUCCUGCUCAAACCUCAGUCUAGAAGAUGACGACGACGAGGAGGACGACGGGAGUUGCAUCGUGAUAUCGUCGGAGGACGAGUCGAUGGAGCUGGAGCCUCCUCUUCACUCCUCAGCUGCCCCGCUUACCCCCGGCGCUCUGCUGGAUCUCUGUCUGCAGGACGUGUCUCACACUUUCCGGCGGCGGCAACACGACGAGAACCGGUACCCGUCCUGUCCACACGACACCCGCCACUUACAGGAUCUGAUGGACCCUCAAACCAGUCGACUCCAGGAUCCACAGCCCGCGUCGCCUCUAGGAUUUACAGUUGAACCGUAUCUGGACGUGGACCUGCAGAGCCCUCAGUGGACGGUGGCGUCUCCAGAGAUCACAGAGAGCCUGAGGCCUCUCACGCCCACCGGGUGCUUGCUGGACAGCGACCCCGACCUCCUGAUAAAAAGCAAACCCACAUCUCCUGCUGUGGAGGAGGUCGAGCGGCCGCAGACGCCGGGCCGGGGCACGGAGGCUGAACCGGGAAGCGAGGACUUGUGUGAGGCCGGUGAAUACCCGCCUCUCUCACCAAUGAGCGGCGAGCUGGUUCACGUUCCCUCUGAGCCUCCUGCCGCCUCCUACCAUUUAUACCAGGAGGUACCGAAAACCCCCGGCAGGGAGGAGAGAAGCGGAUGGAGUCAGUUCAGCUCUGCGAGAGCUCCGGCAACACCAGGCAGAGAGGCGGCGCUGUCAGACGUGUGUUCGCCGCUGAGUAGCCCACCACCUGUUCCAUCUCUGUGCAGCAAUCCUUAUACAACAGCCCCGAAGACUCCUGGAAGAGACAUCGUCCUACCUCGAAGAGCAGCCGUCUACAGGAGGACAGCACGCAGCGUCGCCUCCUCUCAGGUGAUGUUAUCUGACGGGGGCUUCCCCAUGAACGCGUCCUCCUCGCCUCGCAGCCUCUCCGAUUCCUCUCUGGACGCCGCUGACGUGUUGAUCACGACGCGUGUGAGAACGGAGCCCUUACGGGGACUGGAGAACGUGCUCGGCGUUCUGCACGCGGAGAACCAGUCGUCGUUUCGGCGGAAACAGUGGAGGAGGUUAAAGAGAACGCUGCAUCGUCAGAAGUCUCUCAAAAGGAUCGCCGGUCCGUGCCGAUACCGCGGUCGCUCGCGGUGCAGGGAGCGGACGAUCCUUCACAGCGUUUGGACGGAGGGUCUGGAUGAAGAAGAUGCGAGGCUGCUGCGGUGCACGUACGACAGGCUGCAGGAGCACGAUAACGGCUUUGGAUGGCUCAAUGACACAGUCUGGAUCCCCCACCCUCUCACUAAAGUGGUCACAGAGAACAGAGAGGAAGAGCAACACUGGUGGCCGAAGCACAGAAGCGGCUGCGCUCGCUGCGAAGGUUUCUAUCAAAUCAGCAGGAAGGACAAACUGAAAUACCUCAGACUGACGGAGCCGGGCGCUGAGCUUCCGUCCACCAGCUCUCAGGGAACGUCGGUGCGCGCCGGGUCUGACUUCAGGUCUGAACAGCGCCGCCUGCUGUCCUCUUUCAGCUGCGACAGUGACCUGGUUAAGUUCAACCAGCUGAAGUUUCGAAAGAAGAGGAUCUGUUUCAGCCGCAGCCACAUCCAUGAGUGGGGGCUGUUUGCCAUGGAGCCGAUCGCAGCAGAUGAGAUGGUGAUUGAGUACGUGGGUCAAAUCAUCAGACAGGUCAUCGCCGACAUGAGGGAGCAGAAAUACGAGGAGCAGGGCAUCGGGAGCAGCUAUUUGUUCCGGGUGGAUCAGGACACCAUCAUCGAUGCCACCAAAUGUGGGAAUUUGGCCAGAUUUAUCAACCACAGCUGCAAUCCUAAUUGCUACGCUAAGAUCAUCACCGUGGAGUCUCAGAAGAAGAUAGUGAUAUACUCCCGGCAGACGAUAAGCGUCAACGAGGAGCUCACGUACGACUACAAGUUCCCCAUCGAGGACACAAAGAUUCCUUGCCUGUGUGGAGCAGAAGGCUGCCGCGGCACCUUGAACUGACCUCUCGCGACGAACCGUCACGCGCUGAAGAAGGAAAAACACACAGACUCUGCACGUGUAGCCAUACAACUGUU